AUGGAUGGCGAGGGAAGUGUACUUAGUUCGGAGGUUGCGGCAAGUCUUCUCAGUUUAGAAGUCACAGAAAAUUUCACAGAUAGAGAAAACACUGUUGCUCGGUCAGCGUCACAGAUCAGAAGGGUAAAUCGAGUUUGUGUUGUGGGAGUCGCUAGAAGUAAUACAGAAGUUACAGAUUUAUUAAAGAAUCAUUUCGGUAUCGAAUUGUUGGAAAGCGAAGAUGGUUAUGAGUUUACAAAAGAUACUGACAUCACUUUCCUGUGUAGUGAAUUCACUGAUUGUCGUUGGUUCAAAUAUCUUAAUUCUUGUCAAAAACCAAUUAUUGGUCCAGCAAUUAUCCGGAAACGUGCCGUAGAUGGAAAACCCUUGUUGGUACCUCGACCAAACCGUCCACUUUACACGGACACUAUGUCUGGUGUUCGAAUCGCUUUAUCGGGACUUUCAACCAAAAAUUGUCGCGAAGCUGUUGAUCUUGUACAUUUCAUGGGUGGCAGCGCGCAACGAGUAUUUUCUGCCUCUACCACCCAUUUAAUCACUGAUGCUGCUAGAGGAAAAACAUAUAGGAUGGCAGUAUCAAUUGGAUGUCGUGUAAUGCAUUUAGAUUGGUUGAGGGCUGCAUGGGCUGCCAGAAAUUCUAUACAAAUCAGCGUCACUACCAUUGAUUUUAUGAACAAAUACAUGGUUGAACCAUUUUGCGGGUUAUCAUUGUGGUUUGUCGCCUACGAUGAGAAAGAUCUGACCGAAAUGAAGGAAAAAACCGUAGAAAACAAAGGAAAAGUAGCUGCAAAUCAGAAACAAGCGACUCAUAUCGUGGUUUCCACAUCUUUAGAUGCAAAAGUAGAGGGAUGUGAUGCGAAGCAGCAUUUAGUUUCCGGAGAAUGGUUUUGGAUCUCUGUACAAUUGAAUUGUUGUGCCAAUGAAACCAUAUAUAAGUGGAAGGGUCAACGGACCAAGCAGAACUCCACGCUCUCACCAAAUACUGCUGAGUUAGCUAAUCGAGCUGGGAAAUCGGUAUCCAAGUCAUCUAUGGAAGUUCUUGAUAGCAGUAACUGUUCAGCGCUUCCGGAUUACUCAGAGCAUUUGCUAUCAACGGAUGAUUCUGAAAUAUUGAAUAGCUCUCCAAGAAAACUCAACAAAAGAUAUGCUGUGUGUAAAGAAAUGCUUGAAACUGAGGAAAAUUAUUUAAGAGCAUUGAAAAUUGUUGUGCAGGUGUUCAAGGAACCCCUUGAAGCGCAGUUACCGAAUUUGGAUAGUGGGCUUCUCACAAAAGCUGAAAUAAGCCAAAUAUUCGCUAAAAUACCUCCACUAAUCGAUGUUCACGAGAAUAUUUGUCGGACACUCCAGAGCUAUAUAAUGCAUUGGAUGAAUGAACGUUUGAUUGGAAAGGUCUGGUUGGAUCAUGCUGCUGAAUUGACACCAGUAUAUAAAGCAUUCAUCAAUAAUUAUGAUACAGCUAUCCAGACACUGAAUGAAUGCGAUCAGAGUAAACCAAAGUUCCAUGCUUUUUUAAAGGCUGCGGAAAGUCGAAUGGAGUGUCAACGAAACAGUUUACCCGAUUUAUUAGUGCGACCAGUACAACGCUUGCAUUCAGUGGUCUUACUUCUUAAGGCUAUUUUGGAAAAGACAGAUCGUAAAAAUCCGGAUAAUGCUUAUUUGAUUAAAGCGAAACGAGCUGUGGAAGCAGCUCUCACAGAAGCGAACGAGUCGCGCAGGCAGACUGAUUCUUAUGCAAUGAUCUUCAAGUUGUCCAGUGAAAUUGAACGAUGUCCUGCUGAUAUAUUAUCAAGCGCUCGAACAUUAAAAACUGAACUACAUGUCUUGUCGUUGGGAGGUGAGGAUGAAUGGGCCAAAACUCGGAACAAACGAAUGGCUAUAUUUUUGUUUAAUGAUUUAAUAGAAAUUGUUAAGGUGCGAACAGGAAAUGAUGAUAGCAACACUCCAACACGACGCAGUUUCUCAAAUUAUUCUCUCACACGACAACUGUCCUUUUCUGUAUUGCGGCAUGGAAAAAAAAAAUAUAAGCAUCAUCAGCAGUAUAUGCUGGCUUCCAUUCGUAGAAUACAAAGUCUUGUACACCCUGAUAUAAAUGGUGUGUUCGUUCUGUCAUUCCGAGUUAGCCAGGGUGAAGAUUUUUGGGUAGCACAAUGCUUAGAAAAUCAGGAAGGAGAGCUAGAAAAGUUUUUACGCGAAGUUGCAGAUCAGGUGUAUAAAUUGGUGGGAAGGAAUACACUGGUGGAGAAAGUGGACUUCGACGAAGAUCCCUCAUCAUUAGGUGUCAAAGAAAAUAUAACAACUAUCAAGAAAGCAUUAAAUCAUGCAGUUCGAAAUCCCUUUGGUGGAUAUCAGUCAUUAGGAACCCCUCGUGCACGACCACAAAGCCAGUUCAGGCGUGCGAUGUCUACUAUGCACUUGAGUAUAUCGAAUACACUGUCACGGUUGCAUUCUCGCAGUAACCUUCAUCCAGUGGACGAAAGCUUUGAAAGGACGUCGCCGGAUGGAAGAACACAUACUACCGGCUUUACCAUUCCGACUCGGGGUUUUCGACAGAUGCUUUCCACUUCUACAUUUUUACCCUCACUUGGACGUCGUGAUUCAAUAUUCUCGCACUCUAUUAAAGAGUAG